AUGCUUGAGAAGUUAGCUAGGAAGGAGUACUUCAGCUUCCUCGAUGGGUACAAUGGCUAUUUCCAGAUCGCGGUGAAUCCCGAGGACCAAGAGAAGACCACUUUCACAUGCCCUUUCGACACCUACGCCUACAGAAGGAUGCCGUUUGGCCUCUGCAAUGCCCCAGGAAUUGUCCUAGGCCAUGUAGUGUCAAGCAGAGGAAUAGAAGUUGAUCAAGCCAAAGUGGCAGUUAUAGCAAAGCUCUCGUACCCGAAAAAUCAAAAGGAGAUACGGACCUUCUUGGGUCAUGAUGGCUUUUACAGACGAUUUAUCAAGGAUUUUGCGAAGAUAGCACAACCCAUGACGAGCCUACUCCAGAAUGAUGUGGAGUUCGAGUUUUCCGAUGAUUGCAAAGCCGCUUUCCAGCUAUUGAAGGACAAACUGAUCAGUUCUCCGAUUAUUCGUGCCCCCGAAUGGAGUCACCCCUUCGAGGUGAUGUGGGAUGCAAGUGAUUAUGCAGUAGGGGCGGUCCUCCAUCCAUAA